ACGUCAAACCAUUUAAAAGAAAACCGCACUUCGUAGAAAAAGAUGGGUAUUUUGGUUCAAGUGAAUCUUACAUCAAGUACACAUCACAUUACCCGUCAAAGUAACGUCAAUCAUGCAACUGUUUUAAGGUGUCUCUAUAAAGAAAAACUUCAUGCAUAUAAAAUAACUUUUACUCAGAAGCUAACAGAAGAUGAUCCUGAUCGUAGGAUGGAGUUCUGCGAAAUGUUGAUGGAAAAUCUGGACAGAAAUGAGAUAGAUAUUGAUACCAUUCUUUUUUCAGAUGAGUUAACUUUCACAUUAAACAGAGAUGUAAACCGGCAAAACUGUAGAUGGCUAAUUCUCAAAAAAGGUGGAAAAUGGCUUUAAAAAACUUGUCAAAUUAGUUUUAACAAAACAUCUUUUCUUUAACCGUCCGCUCUAAUGCAUGUUAUCGAGGCCAAUAUUGUAAACUCCAAAAAAAAAAUGAAGUGGUGCUUGGUAGGCCUUUUAAUUUCGCUCCAAUCACACUGUUUCAAAAUGGUAAGGGAAUUUUUCAAUAAAAAAUUUUGAAUUAUAUUUAAAAA